AUGGGUAAAAAGAAGUCGAAACAAUGUGGUGAUGAUUUUAUAAACUCACAGAAAAAUCCAUUAUUGGAAUUAAAAUUUGAAAAUCCUCUAUUUGCAAUUGCAUGCCAUCCUGAGAAGCCCAUCAUUGUCACUGGAUUGGCCACGGGCCACAUGUUUUGUCAUGAGUACAAUGUUGGGAUGCUUAGAUCUUUCAUAAAGCAGAAUUUGGAAGAAAUCUCUUCAUUGGAUGCUCAGCGUAAAUCACAGAAGUCAUGGCAGGUUGUUAAUGUUCCGCAGAAGUCUGAAGAACAAGCUUUAACUGGCGUAACUGUUCUUUGGAGCACUAGGAGACAUAAAGGGAGUGUUCGUUCAAUUGCUCUAGAAGCAGAUGGAUCAUAUGUAUAUUCCAUUGGCAGCGAUAAUGUAUUGAAAAAAGCGAAUACUUACUCCGGAAAGGUUGUUAACAAGGCAGUUUUAUCUGAGGAUCCAAAAAUUAAAUAUACCAAGUUAUUAAAAUCGUCUACUCAUCCAUUUCUAUUACUUGGAAGUGAGGAUGGCAAUGUUGAGGUUUAUAAUAGCUCUACCUUAAAGCUUAUGAACACGAUCCAAAACGUCCAUGGCGGUGAUCCCAUAAAUGAUAUAUUUCAAUUUGUUGGGAAGUCUGUUUACAAACACAUAUCACUUGGGCAGACUACCCUUGCUCGUUGGGAUUGUAGACAAUCGAAUGAAAUUGAUACUUCAAUAUCUCCAGAUGAUAAAGAUGCUAAAGGUAAUGUAUUACUAAGCGAUAAUCAGGAAGAUGAAAUGCUCAGCGGAACCUUUGUAGAUCCAACUGAUGGAGAGACCUUAGUUUGCGGAAUGGGAGAAGGAGUUCUUACUGUUUGGAAACCGAAAAAAAAUGAUCUUGUGGACCAAUUAACAAGGAUCAAAAUAUGCAGAGGCGAAAGUAUAGAUUGCGUUAUGUCGUCGUUACAAGAUGACGGUUGUGUUUGGUGUGGAUGUUCCAAUGGCAAGGUUUAUAAGGUCAACGUCAAACUAGGAAAGGUGGUUGAAGUGAGAAAACAUAGCAGAUUAGAUGAAGUGUCUUUCCUAGAUUUGGAUUAUGACUACAGGUUAAUUUCUGGAGGGAUGGAUAAAAUGAAAAUUUGGGAAUCCGAUGACUUUGAAUAUGACUUUGCUAAGCCUUGUGAGGGACAAAAAGGAGUGGAAGACGAAGGAUUUGUGCCAGUGUCAGUCGAUAGUGCGCAAGAGGAUAGUGAUGGCUUAUGGGAGCAGUUGGAGAAGAAUCAUUCAGAUUUAGAUACAAACAGUGGCAAAACUACUGACAGCAGUGACUCCAGCAGUGAAAGCGAACUAGACGAAGACUCUAGUAGCGGCGAGGUUCAGUUAGCAGGAUUGUCCAAGGAAGAAUUGAUCGCCGAAUUGGACAAAGACUUGGAUAAUAGCGAUAAACCAAAAAGAGCGCUGAAUACUGAAAUUUCUGCAAAGAACAAAAAACUAAAGAAUGCAUCUAAGGAUAGAAAGGCCCAUAAUGCAAAAAGCCAUUUCAAUGGAAUCCGUAGAUUUGACGGUUUAUAA